ACACAGGAGGGGUUGCGAUACAUAAUUCAGUCCCGGCAGAAGGGAGCGCUUCAGUCUCCCCACCUCCUCCUCCUCCUCCUCCUCCUCCUCCUCCUCCUCCUCCUCCUCCACCUCCUCCUCCUCCUCCUCCUCCACCUCCACCCCCUCUUUCCUGUCGAGCGACCCAGCCAGAGGCUCACAUUGACGGCCGAUGCGGCGGCUUCCUGCUCCGGAUGGAGGCUCCACCUUGGAGAAGGACGAAUGCGGGAUCUUGUUUGUUUCAGCGUGAGGAAGGACAGGGCAGUGCGGGGUGGCGGAGGGUGGGGUGGGGGGGUGAUCUCACAGGAGACGUAAACAUUGCCAUGCCCUGCUUCAUGCACCACCUCCUGCGGUGCGGUUCCUCCUCCUCUGGGCUUUAGAGGACAACAGCUGUUUCUGUCGGGAGGUAAAUAUUGUGGUGAAGUUGCACUCGGGAUAGGAGGCUGCAGGAGGGGGUCCUGCAUCCGGACUCUCUGCCCCCCUCCCCUCCCCUUCCCCAUGAUGUUUUCUGCAGCCAUGCUGCACGCAGCAUCCUCCGAUCUGUUCCCGAUCUGUUCAGCAUCCUCCGAUCUGUUCCCGAUCUGUUCAGAAUCCUCCGAUCUGUUCCCGAUCUGAGCUGCAUCCUCCGAUCUGUUCCCGAUCUGAGCUGCAUCCUCCGAUCUGUUCCCGAUCUGUUCAGCAUCCUCCGAUCUGUUCCCGAUCUGAGCUGCAUCCUCCGAUCUGUUCCCGAUCUGUUCAGCAUCCUCCGAUCUGUUCCCGAUCUGUUCAGCAUCCUCCGAUCUGUUCCCGAUCUGUUCAGAAUCCUCCGAUCUGUUCAGCAUCCUCCAGGAAUUACAAGUUCCCCCCCUAAACACUGUCCCUCUUGAGCCCUUUUUCCUCGUCUGUAACCGGGUGACGAUGAGCAACGUCUCUCACACACGACUCAGACCGGCGUGAGGAAGCUUUUGUUUUUGUUUUUGUUUUCCUGGCGCCGCGCGGCCUUCGUUGACGCCCGCAUGGGAGCCAAGCAGGCCAAGGGCCAGGAGCCCGGCGGGGCCAGCCCCCAGCACGGCUGGAGGCGGACGCCCACCAAGGAGCGGGGCGACAUCUUGGCCUCCCUCAUGCAGAAGUCGGGGGACCGGCUGAGCCGCGGAGGGGUCGCCACGCCGCCGCCGCCGCCGCCGCCCUACCAGCGCCGCAUCGGCAUGAUCCAGCAGAUGAUGCUGAUGGCCAAGCAGGGCAAGCAGGACGAGACCAUGGAGAUGCUCAAGACACUCCGACAGGACCUGGGUAUGGAGUCAACAUCUCUGGAUGACGUGUUGUACCGCUACGCCAGCUUCAGAAACCUGGUUGACCCCAUCACACACGACCUGAUUAUCAGCCUGGCGCGAUACGUCCACUGCCCCAAGACGGAGGGCGACUCUCUCGGGGCGAUGGAGAAGGUGUGUCGCCAGCUGACCUACCACCUCAGCCCCCACUCCCAGUGGAGGAGGCAGGGCCUCCUGAAGAGGAAGCCUCAGGCCUGUUUGAAGGCGGUGCUGUCGGCGCCUCUGUCCAGCGGGGCCUUGGACCUGUCCGGUAUCCCUCUGGCGGCCCGCGACAUGGAGCGCCUGUGUGCACACCUGCAGCGCCACGCGUCCACCCUGGUCAGCAUGGAGAUGGGCUUCAGCGAGCUGACGGACGAGGCCUUCCUGCUGCUCCUGCCGACGCUGGCCGCCCUGCCGCGCCUGGAGACCCUGGCGCUGAACGGGAACCGGCUGACCAGAGCGGUCCUGAAGGAGGUGACUGACGCUCUGAAGGAUCCCGGCAGUUUCCCCAGCGUGACGUGGAUCGAUCUGGGCAACAACGUGGACAUCUUCUCCCUGCCGCAGCCCUUCCUGGUCAGCCUGAGGAAGCGCUGCCCCAAGCAGGGAAACCUGCCCACCAUCCUGGAGUUCGGGGAGAGCCAGGUCAGCGACCCCCCCGAGAGGCUGAGGGCUCUCGGGGAGGAGGAGGAGACGGACGACACCAACCGUACCGAGAGCAUGGGCGAGCUCCGGUCGGAGGUGGAGGAGGAGCUGGACGGAGAGCUGGAGAUAGAGGAGAUGAUGGAGGAGCUGCUGGACUUUGACAGGGAGGCGCAGGGGAAGGAUGACGAGGACGAGAGCAUGUGGACGGUCGGGGAGCAGAGGAAGGCGGAGAGGAGGAUGGGUUGGAGAGGGGAGGAAGAGGAGGAGGAAAAGGAAAAGGAAAAGGAGGAGGCGCGGCGACCGGGCAGGAGGGCGGUGAUGGCGGAUGACGGCGACGACUCCUCCCACCUGUCCUGCUCCAGCCAGUCGCGGCACUCCUCCGGCGCCGUGGAGCCGAGGAGAGCGGCGGCGGAGGACGACGACGACGACGACUCGGACGAGGAGCGGUCGGACCGCCUGACCUGACUGACGCUCCUCCUCCUCCUCGGGAAGGAAACGAGAGGAAGGAGACGAGAUGAAGGAGACGAGAGGAAGGAGACGAGAGGAAGUCUCGCCCCCUGAGGACGGCUGAGUGUGGCGUCGGACGGACGCGGUCCCGCAUUAAAGCGCCGCCGGAGGCGUUCAGGUGACGCCCGAGGACACGAGGAGACAAUCCCCCCUGAACAGGAGGUCCGUUUCAUCUGUUUCUAAAUAGACUGAGGAUGCCGACGCGUAGAAUAGAUUAUUAUCGCGCGAGGCUUUUAUGUAUAGAAUCUUUAUUCAGGUCCUUUCCUCUUGGUAACCGUGGUGAUACCUCCAUGUGCCUGUGACGCGUCCCGUUGAGAGUGUGUUGGUGAAAGACGAGGACAAAACAAAACACACAAACUAGUCAGGGACCUUUAAAAUUGUUUCACAUUUUUGUUUUUGUUUUUGCCAAAAACUAGAAGUGAUUUAAGUGUUUUCCCUCCCACGUACGUCCGCGGCUAGCCAGAUGGAUCAGAAGAUAGACGGGGGGAUCAUAAUAAAAAUAAAUAAUAAUUUAAAUAAAGUCAAGACGAACGCUUCAGUGGAAAAACAAGUUGCGUCACGAUUGAAAAAAAAUUAAUUAAUAAAAGGGAAGACAUGAACAGAUGCACCCGAGCUUCAGCGGAAGAGAAGAGCAGCGCAGAUGAAACCAAAAAUGAAUAAACAAGUGAUACAGAAGAAGAAGAAGAAGAAGAAGAAGAAGAAGAAGAAGAAGAAGAAGAAGAAGAAGAAGAAGAAGAGACGGGAAAUAUUUAGUUGCCUUUUUACUUUCUCAUAAUCAUGUUUGCGCCUCACACGCUUACGGUGUUUAUAUAUCGGCUGUGAUCACGUUCACGUACGCAAAUACUUAUAUCCUCAUGCAGUAUGUAGCUCCCUAAAGCUUUAAGAAACCAACUGUAUAUUUAGAUGUGCAGUAUAUAUAUACAGGAUGAUGUUUUUUUAAUCUGUGGGGGGGAGGGGGGGGGGGGGCAGUUGUUUAGAUU